ACAUUUGCAAGACCUUGCAGCUGGCUGUGGAUGCACAAGAAAGCAGGAAAUGGCUUCUGUUAAGAUCGAGUGUGUCGUGAGGGGCAAGUACAGAAUUGGAGAGUCCCCAGUUUGGGAAGAAAAACACAAUUCUCUUCUCUAUGUGGAUAUCACAGGCCAGAAGGUGUGCAGAUGGAAUGCAGUCACAAAACAACUGAAGGAAGUACAUGUUGAUGCCCCUGUUGGUUCAGUGGUCCCUCGAAGCUCAGGGGGUUAUGUUCUGGCCAUUGGAAAAAGCUUUGCCUACCUAGACUGGGAAAAGCAGACAGUUACCGAAAUAGCUUCAGUCGACCCAGAUAAAAUAAAUAACAGAUUUAAUGAUGGCAAAGUGGAUCCUGCUGGACGUUUCUUUGCAGGGACCAUGGCAAUGGAGAUUCGGCCAGCUGAGGUAGAAAGGCACCAGGGAUCAGUAUACUCUCUGCAGGCAGAUCACUCCGUGGUUAAGCAUUUUGAUCAAGUGGACAUUUCAAAUGGUUUGGAUUGGUCCCCAGAUCACAAGGUUUUCUAUUAUAUUGACAGUUUAUCAUUUGCCAUUGAUGCGUUUGACUAUGACCUGCAAUCAGGAAAGAUCGCAAAUCGAAGACUUGUUUACAAGCUUGAAAAGGAGGAGGCUAUUCCAGAUGGGCAGUGCAUUGAUGCAGAGGGAAAGCUUUGGGUUGCCUGCUACAAUGGUGGAAGAGUCCUUCGUAUUGAUCCCGAAACUGGUAAACGAAUCCAGACAGUGAAGCUGCCCGUUGACAAGACGACAUCGUGUUGCUUUGGGGGAAAAGAUUAUUCAGAACUUUAUGUAACAUCAGCUGCAGAUGCAAUGGAUGAAGAGUGGAUUAGAAAACAGCCAGAAGCAGGUAGCAUUUUUAAGAUUACUGGGCUUGGAGUGAAAGGAAUUCCAUCAUAUUCAUAUGCAGGAUAA